AUGGGAGUUGUUUAUAUCGCUGCAUUAGCUGCUCUACCAAACCUAUUCACCCGUUCCCGUGCUCUUCAAGCCAAAUUUUUUCGUCGUGCUGAAACACUACCCUCAGACUCCCUGAUCAAAGCUCUUACCACGCAGCUGGACCUUUCCAAAGAAAAAACGACAUGGGGUGAGCUUCGUCGUAGUGUACUCUGGAAAAAGGCCCAAUUGCUGAAAGAACAUCAACCUCGGUUGAAGGACCCAUUAAAAGAAGCUUAUGUUUUACUGUGCCAAAAAGAAAUCGACAUGCAACUUGCGAGCGUUAACCGUCUGGUAACUGUUGCUAGAGGCUUUGCAAACCUUUCAGAACGACGCCACCUAAUCAAAUGGCGAAUUGCUUGGCUACCACCUACACCAUCAGUCGAGUGCCAAUGUGGCGCUAUCAAGGGUAACCAAAACCACAUGCUUAUAUGCCCCGCCACAAUCACUCUCGUUCAAAAACUCUGGUCUUUGAUGAAUCCUGCUCCUCCCCCAGAGGUUCAUCUCAUCGACUAUGAUCUCAACUGUCUCCCUGGGUCUUUCAAAUCGCCUGGUACGUGGUGCGAUUGGUGGCCGUGCUUGCUUGCCUUGCUACGUGCUGUUGAUCAAACCACCUCAUCCUACAAACUGCCAGAAAAAAAAGCUCAUGGUCAAAUUCUCAUCGACCUUGCAGCAAAAUUCUGUGCCACAAAACCAACCCGUCCCCACCGCAUCCCGCCGCCUACCCAAGAACUUGUUCCUGGUGAUCCGCUCCCCCAUUUUCUCUCCAAAAUUUCCACCAUUCCUCGUCAACCCCCUCCAUCUGUGCCCGCCCGAAAUUGUGCCUAG